CUGCACAGGCGUCGCUGGAGGCCUCGCGUCCACACUGGUCAUGGAGCGGCGCGCGGGGGGCGCCGCGGACCCCCGCCUGCGCAGAGGAGUAGGACACAUAAGAUGCAUACGGUAGGUGAUCAGUAAAUCAAACGCCUACAGGAAGGAAUGGGUGCCCGGCAAGAAUGAAGCCACGUUCUCUGAAGAACUACAUUUCCCUGUAUGCUUGGCGCGACUUGCUCAAAUGUAGUGAAACGUGACCGUUACUUCCCACGGUCGCAUAGUCGCCUCCGCCUGCCGAUGCCGCAGUGUUUCAUGGGAAAGGUAGUUUUAGAACUUAUCUUCCGGCCCUCCGCAAACGAAGCCCAAACUCUACUUCCCAGCAAGCCGCGCCUCGGCCCUGGAAGGGUAAGAUGGCGGACGCAGAAGAGGAUGUUUUGCGGCCCGCUGCGAUGUCCGCGGCUCCGAUUUCAUUCAGUUUCAGUCGCACGGCGGCCCGGAGGCGGCUGGCGGACACCGGAGACGGCGCGGAUGUGGUUCCGGAGGAGAAGGAUUACUUGAAGACCGUGGAAGGAAAGGAGCUGCAAAGUGUGAAACCCUCAGAAGCCCCUAAGGAACUCGUGAUCCCUUUGAUCCAGAAUGGCCAUCGCAGACAACCACUGGCCCAGCCCCCUGGGCCAGCCACAAACACUGAAAUCUCAAUGGAUGGGGUUUUGUCUCAAGCUGUGAAAGAGCUCAUUGAGGAAUCCAAGAAGUCUCUGGAGGAGAGAGAGAAUGCGGGUGUCGACCCCACGCUCGCUAUCCCCAUGAUCCAGAAAGGAGGCACCCCCAUCGGGGAAAGGGCAGACAGCGAACCCCGGGCUGAGACAAUGCCAGAGGAGGCUGAUUAUGAGGCCGUCCCUGUGGAGGCCUAUGGGCUCGCCAUGCUGCGGGGUAUGGGCUGGAAACCUGGCGAGGGCAUCGGCCGCACCUUCAAUCAAGUGGUGAAGCCCUGUGUCAACUCACUAAGGCCCAAGGGGUUAGGACUGGGUGCCAACCCGACCGAGGUCCAGGCCCUGGCCCCCACUGGCCCCCACCGCCUGCCAAAGCCAGAUGCAGAUCCAGAGAAGGAUGAGAAAGACCAUCCCAAAGGACUGGUGCCUGGAGGUGCUGUGGUGGUUCUCUCUGGCCCUCACCGAGGCCUCUAUGGGAAGGUGGAAGGUCUUGAUCCUGACAAUGUUCGGGCCAUGGUACGUCUGGGCAAGGGAAACCGUAUGGUGACUGUUAGUGAGUACUGCCUGCGGCCCGUCUCCCAGCGGGAAUUUGAAAAGAACUCCCUGGAUCUCAGCCAGGUGAGAAAAACUUGCCCAGCACAACAGAAUGGAACAGCCUCAUCCUCGAAGUCCCAGCGAGAUCAGAACCUCCACGUCCGGUGGGAGGACUCAGAAAGGAAGCGGAAAUACCUUCCAGACCGACAAGAUGGGCCUGUAGCCAAGAGUGAGAAAGCAGCCUCCAGGAGUCAGCACUGGCUACACAGGGACCUGCGUGUGCGGUUUGUGGACAAGCUGCACAAGGGCGGCCAAUACUACAACACCAAGAUGACAAUCGAAGAUGUCCUGAGCCCAGAUACUUGUGUAUGUCGGACAGAUGAAGGCCGAGUCCUGGAAGGCCUGAGGGAAGACAUGCUGGAAACCUUAGUCCCCAAGGUUGAGGGCGACCGGGUGAUGGUGGUGCUGGGACCACAGGCUGGAAGGGUGGGCCGUCUGCUGGGCCGGGACAAAGCACGGAGUCGGGCCCUGGUGCAGCUGCGGAGAGAAAAUCGGCUGGUGGAGCUUUACUAUGAUGCGGUCUGCCAGUACGUGGGCCCCAGUGACUCAGAGGAAGACUGACCCAUGGACCCACUCCCACCCAAGCUCCCAUCGGACUUGUCCAGUAUGAAAAGCCUGCCCUUGCCAGGUGGGGAGGUUGCUGCUUUUUCCUCCACUUGCAGUGCAGCCUGGGGACAGGGACAGGACACUGGCAACAGACCCCGUAUCUGCCGGAACUCAGUGUGUAAUAAAAACUAUUUUAAACACUGA